AUGUCUCGCGAGGAGUACCAGAUCCCCACCUCCACCGCCGACCACGCCCCGAAGCCCUACGGAGGCGUCGACGCCGUCAGCUCCAAGAACCCCAACCUCGUCUACAUCUGCGGCGACUGCGGCGUCAAGUCCUCCGACCACCAGACAGUGCCCUUUUUGAGGUGCAAGUUCUGCGGUUGUCGUAUUCUCUACAAGGAUCGUACUAAGCGUAUGGUUCAGUUUGAGGCGCGAUAA